AUGUCGGCAGUACGGUUCCAUUGGCUCCCGAUAUGUCUUGCGUUCCUGAGUGCAAUCUUUCUCGUAGAAACUAAAGCGGGCACUCAGGGCUCGUGCGACCCUAACGGUGUCUCAGAAGCCAUCGGGGAUCGCUCGACGUGUACGUUCUCGACGACGCUGGACCGGGACCCCAAUCGGGUGCCACCGGAACUACCUGUGGUCAAGUGCAGGUGCCUGGACAACACGUGCAGCGUAGCCGGCGACUUUCGCUGCCACGAGGUGACGCACAACAUGACCGUGGCCUACCGCGUGCCAGGCUCGUCGACACUUCGAAACAAGGUCAUCCAGGUCACUACGGCGUGCGUGUGUGCAGUCGCUAAAACCCGGCAAGCGCCGGGUGGUGCGGUGAGGCCGGCAAACGUGCCCAACGUGAAAAAUUGGAUGUGA